AUGUCUUCCCCCAGACUCAUUCCCCUGUGGAAAGAUUUAAAAUAUCUCAUAAGUGACAUUCAAGGAAGCAAGCAAACUUCAGGUGACUCAAAGAGUGACAUAGUUGUGCUGAGUGACCAUUCCCAGAUACUGUUCCAAGAGUCUCGCCAUCCUCAAAAUAUGCCACUUAUAUGCUACUACUUCAGUGAUGCCAACUUCUUUGCCUCCCUCUCAUGGGUGACAACAAGCACAAAAGAAAUACAGGCUAUAGUAUGGAUGAAGAGCAAAACUGAAGACAUGGUCGAGAAGAAAACAUUCUCCAUGACCGAACGAUUGCCACACAUCCAGUGUAUGGUCCACACUGGUUCCUUUCAUGUCCUGGUGGCCUACUGUGGUGACCUGCUCCUGCGGCUCUUUGGGGACCACUUUCGGUCAUUCAAAUCCCUGGGUAUAGUGCCCUGCCGCUUUAACAUCAACUGCCUCUGCUAUGACCCAGAAAUGAAGAUGCUUCUGUCAGGCAUCCUGGGGGCAGUGGUCACCUGGACCAUUGAGCGCAGUGGCAAGGGCCUCCAAAUAGCCCACAUGAUUUCCAUGCCUGGUGAUGAGUUAGUCCAGGACAUCAUGUUGAAUGGCCCCAAUGGCUCCCUCCUAGCCCUGUGUGAGACUGUGGUGAGGGUCCUGGAGUACCAGGGCCAGGGUCAGCUGGGAGAGGUGAAGAGGUUCACUUCUACCACCAGUGGCUCCUCUAUCACCUGCUGCUUCACCUGUUUUGCUCAGGGCUUUCUCUAUGCUGGAAACAAGACCGGGGACAUCGAAGUAUGGAGCCUCAGUCGGAGCCACUCUCCCCACAGUUUUAAGGCCCAUUCCUCGUCAGUGGUAUGCAUCCGCAGCCGACCAGAAGCCCACACCCUGCUAACAGCUGGCAAGGAAGGCUUCAUCAAGGAGUGGAACCUUACUUCGGGUAACCUUCUGCGGCAGCUAGAACUUGAUGAGGAACUGCAUCGACUCCAGUUCAUUGAUAACAUUACUUUUUUCUGCCAAACUACCCACUCUUUCUCCUUGCGCCGUCUGCCCUGCUUCUACAGCCUCUUCAACGUCUGUGGCUCCGCUCCGGAGCAUGUGCGUCGGGUCCGCUGUGGUAAUAACUGGUUCCGGAUCCUGUGCACUACUGAGGAUGGCUUGCUGCGCUUUGUGUCCCCAAUAACAGGGGACCUUCUGGUUCUCACCUGGCCCUUCGCAAUCCUGGACCAUGCUGUGGAUUGGGACUAUGACCCAGACAAAGAGGAGCUCUUUGUAGCAACAGGUGGCUCAGAGGUGCUGGUAUUUGACACAACCCGCUGCCCUUGCCCAGCCAAGUAUCUUUUAUGUACCUCACCAGAUUAUCAGGACGUGGUACAAUGCCUGGCUUAUGGGCAUUUCCACCUGGGUCACGGUCUAGAAGGACUAAUGUUCUCUGGACACAAGAGCGGUAUGAUAAGAGUGCUUUCCCAGCACAGCUGUGCCCGAAUCGAGAAAUUUGUGCACUUUGGGGCUGUGUUGGCACUCUGUACGCUGCCCGUAGGGCUUUUAGGUGUCCGAGGGAACUCUUUGCUGUGUUCCUAUGGAAUGGAUGACUAUGUACACCUAUCAGAAGCUGUGUUUGAAGGGAUCAGAGUACACCUGCGUCCCCUUGCCAGCAUUCUCAGCAGCUGUCACCUAAAACACCUAGUACUCUUGCCAAAGUCUGUGGGUGCCAUCACAGAGGCUAACUGCCUGCGUCUCUGGAAGUUCCAUGAUAUCCUGUCCUCUGAGACACAGAAAGGCUCAACGUUCAUAGAGACACUGCCCCUGCACCAGUGUGCCAUCACAUCCUUUGAUGUAUGCCUGUCCUUGAGUCUUUUUGUCACAGGUGGUAUUGAUGGCUCUGUCCGAAUCUGGAACUUCCAUGGUAGACUCGUAGCCACACUAGACUCAUCACUGCACUUUGGCCCAGUCUGCUUUGCAAAUGACCGGGGUGACCUGCUUCUGACUUUCAACCAAAGUCUUUAUCUGGUAUCCUGUUUAAAACUGCUUCCCCCAACCCUGCUGUCUCGCCUUUCCUUUAUGAGCAUGGCAGAUGAAGUGCUAGAAAAUCCUAAGCCUUUCCUACCAAGCUUCUUCUUCUCCUUUGAGACCAUGUUUGUGCCCAAGUAUGUCUACCUUGGACAAGGGCAACAAGAAUUAGCAGGUCUGGAGAAACUUGUCAAUAUACGGGCCAUUGCCUUUGACCAUACUGUGCCACAUGUCAUAGAAGAAGAUGAGCAAGGGAGCCUUGUAUUACUAGGUGCCCCAAGACAUGGUUCCUUGGAAUAUAAGGAGGAAACAGAUACAAAUAUGCAGGUCAGUAAACCUUAUUCCCAUUACAUGGUUCCUCCCCAACUACAGCUGACUACCUGGGAUGGACUCAACCCCUAUCAGAUACUGCGAUACUACUUUGGUUGUGGGCGGAAAUGGCUCUUAGCCCCUGACUGCUACAUCCCCAACUCAGUGAUUCGUGCCCAUCUUUGGCCAGAAGGCAGCCCGAUAUACCUACAGUGCAACCUGCAUUCACCCAUGCGGGAAUUGGAAUGGGACAGGUCUGAACAAUUCUUUUUCUGGCACAGUAAGGUAAGACCUAUACAUGAGGUAAAAGAAUAUUCACAGAAAAUGGAAGAUAAAGAGUUCAUGGAAAUGAGAAUGUCCAAGGAUAUAACCUAUAGUGUCUUUACAGACUCAACAAACCACAGCUGGCUAGGAAGAAAGAUGAGCGAAAUAGCUAUUAAUAGCCUGAUUGAGACAAUCCUCAACAUUAUGAUCCAUGCUCCUUUACUGAAGUACCAAUGCUGUAUUGGUGUGCUAGGGCAAAUCUUUGCUUCUUACCAAGUGUCUCCGCCCAUGCGCUCUGAAACAGCCCAUCGUCUGCUGGAUGAUACAACCAAUUCAAGUCCACUGAUCCGAGAGCUAGCCUGGGAAGGGCUGAAGCGUCUAGGAAUGAUCACUCAUCUUUUUGCCAUCCCUCUGUCCCAAGGGUUAAUGGACAAGGAUGAAAGAGUGAGGAAUAGGGCCCUGAGCCUCAUGGUUGACACUGGAAUCCACUCUAAGGCCUCACUCUUACACUUGAUCCAGAACCGGGACACUUUCCGAGACAUGCAGCAGGAAAUGAUUGGGGAGGAAACCCUGGAUCAUCUACUGGGGAUGCGUGCCACAGAUCUCCAAAUCCUUCAUACUCAAGUGCAGCAGCGAUUGAAUGAAAACCUGACCUUGUCACUUGGAGAUAAAAAGCCUGCUUUCUCUUUGGAUGUCUCAAGGGUUUCUAAAAUUAUGCCCAUUUCCAAGCAAUCUGAUAUAAUUCUUAAAGAGCCUGAAGUUGCCAUCAAGCCCAGCAAAGGCCUAAGACACAGGCGAGCCAGGGGCAAAAAGCAUACCCGAAAAUUGUUGCGUGUCCUCAAGAAGGUGAAAGAGCCACGUCCCUUAGAGGGUGAAACUGAUCAGACUGAAGCUGUACCAACUGAAGAUACAGCCAUCUAUUCUAGGUCUUCAACUUCCAGUGUACUAAAGAUUUCAAAAGAUGAUGAACAACAACCUCCAGAGAAAGAUGUCCCAAAGGAUGUUGCAGUGACCUUGAAACUGCUGAGGAAAAUACAUGACAAAAGAGGCAAGAAAACAACAGUUGAGAAACCCAUAAAAAGGCACAAGAAGAAGAAGAGAAAAGAAGCUGAAGUUACAAUUGAGGAACUUCUGCCUCCUCUAAAGGAAGAAGCCAGAGGGCGGGGUAUCUCUGGCACUCCUGGCCGCAGGCCUACCCCUGGAGAUGGCUUAUCAUGGCGGGAUGAUAUAUGUCGUCUUAUGACCCUGAGGAUAUCUGGUUCCCAAACAGAAAUGUCAGAAGCUCUAACCACUGAUCUAGUGACCAGGGCUCAGAAGGUGCUGGAAGAUAGACACCCCAGCUGGGAGCUCUUUCAGAAGAUCUGCCCCCUACUGAAGAAAGAAAGUGGGGUUCUGUUUGAGGACCUUGACUGGAUUGUAGCCUGGCCAGAGGAGAAACCAACUUUUAUUCAUAAAGAUACAGGUAAAGAGGACAUGGUUAUCAGAGACAUCAAAGAGAUACCAGAGAGGCAAGAACAAGUGCAAACAGAAGCAAGGGAUAUGCAGGACUUACUGGAAACCCAAGUGAUUCCCCAAAAAGGCAAGAAAAAGAAAGAUAUUUUUUUAGAACCUGGUGAUCUAACCAAGGGGAAACGAAUAUUGAAGAAAGAAGAGAAAUCCUCUAAGAAGACUUCUAAGCAAAAAAAGGAAAUAAAAGUGGAUAAAAAGGAGGGGGAAAUGACCAAAAGAGAGAAGGAUGUGAGUCAGGAAGUGGAGGAAAUAGCCAAACUACAGGGGAAAGUGGUUAAGCAAGAACAAGGACCAAUUAUUGAUGAGAAGAAGAUGACUUCGAAGGAUUGGAAGAAGUCCUGGGAUCAGGGGGGAAAGGCACAUAGUGAGACAAGGAAAUCCUGGAAUGAAUGGAAGACAGGCUGGGAAAGGAAGCAUCUUGAGGAAGAGGAGAAACCACAAGAGGACAAAGAGAAGCUAUUCCCAGAUGAGGAAAAGCUGGAUGGGGACAAGAGAAAGCUGGGAUGGGACGAGAGGGCACCAGUCUGGGGAAAGAAGUUGUCAGACAGCUCCAGGGAACAACUGUUAGAGGAUGAAGAGGAACUGACUUUGGAGGAAGAAGAGGAAGAAGAAGGAAAAGAAGAAGAAGAGCUGGUGACAGAAGAGCAGAAACAGACCCAGAAAGAAUAUAAACAGGCCAGGUUUGAGAGGAAACGAACCCAAGCUGAGAGAAAACGAGCCCAAGAAGAGAGGAAGCUGGCACAAGAAGAAGAGAAGCUAGCACAAGAAGAAAGACAAUUGGCCCAGGAAGAGAGGAAACUGGCCAGACAGUAUGGGAAACUGGCUCAGAGAAAUAGGAAAAUGGUCCAGGCAAUGAGGAAGUUUGUCCAGAAAGGGGGGAAACUGGCCAAAAGAGAGGAGGUGCUAAGCCAAGAAGCAGAGAAAUUGGCCCAGAAAAGGAAGAAACUGGCCAAGAUAUUGGAGAAACUGGCAGAAAAAGAAGAGAAAAUAGCAAAGAAAGGAGAAAAGCUGGCUGAGGUAAAAAUGAUUUUGGUCCAGAAAAUGGAGAAAGUGGCCCAGAGGGAGCAAGAUCUGGCAUGGCAAGAAAAGGAACUAGCCCAGGAAUUGGAGGAGCUGACAUGGGAAGAGGAGGAACUGGCUCAGAAAGAAGAGGAACUGAAUCAGGAAGAGGAGGAAUUAGCUAAGGAUGAAAAGGGAUUGGCUCAGGAGGAGAAGUCACUGGCUGGGAAAGAGGAGAAACUGGCUAGGGAAGAGAAAAAACUGGUCCAGGAAGAAGAAAUGCUGAUCCAAGAAGAGAAGAAACUGGCCCAGGACAAAGAAAAACUGCCUGAGGAAGAGGAAAUACUUGCCCAGAAAAGGGAGCAAUUGAUGAAGAAUAAGGAAAAACUGGCCCAGGAAAGGGAAAAAUUGGUCCAGAACAAGGCGGAACUUGCAAACAUCAAGAAGACACUAGCCUGGAGGGGGAAGGCUCUGGCUCAGAAGGAGGAGAAGCUGGCUCAGAAGGUGAAAUUGAUUCAGAGAAAAGAGAACAUCCACCAGCUCAAAGAAAACUUUGCCCAGCACAGAAAGAAAUUAGUCCAAGUAAAGGAGAGACUGGACAUGUACAAGAAGAAAUUGGUUCAGGUAGAGGAGAAGCUGAUCAAGGAAAAGGAAGAAGUUUUCCAGAAGAAGAAGAAGGAACUGGCUGACACAGAAGAAAAACUGGCCCAAGCUGAGGAAGAGCUGGGUGAGAAACAGCACAAGCUAGCCCAGAACAAAAUGAAAUUGGCUAUGGAGAUGAUGGCAAUAUUUCAAGAACCGCAACUGCUCAGAGGAGAGGGGGAUAUUACUGAGGAAGAAAAGGAAUUGGACAUGAGGAUGAAGAAACUGGCCCAGGAGAAAGUAAAACUGGCUGAGGGAAAGGAAACUCUCCUCAAGGGAGAGACUCAAGAAACCUCAACACAGAGGAAACUGAGUAAGGAUGAACUAGAAGCAAUUAAGAGGAAAUUGUUACUAGAGGAGAAGAUACUGGUAUAUGAAGAUAGGAUGUUGGCCACAAAACAAACAGAAAUUGCAAAAGAAAAAUUAGAAUUUACUAGAGGACAGAGAGUAUAUGCCCAGGAAGAAAGGAAGCUAGCCAAAGUAAUAAGGAAGUUAGAUAAAAGAAACAUUUCCAAACAACCAUCAAAAGUGGGAAGCAGAACCUUAAGGAUACUACAAAACCUUACCAAAAAUGAAAGGCAACUAACCCAGGAAGAAAUACAGAUAACAAAGAUAAAGAGGUCACUUGUUGUUAAGGAAAGAAGAUUGAGCAAGGAACAAAAUGAACUUGAUGCCAAAGAAUGGAAUGUUUUUGAGGAACAAUCAGAAAUUACUAAAGAUGAGGAGAAACUAGCUAAGAAGCAGAGAAAUCUGGCCCAGGUAAUGAGAAGAAUGAUAAAGAGAGAGGAAAAAAUAACUGAGAAAGAAGGGAGAUUGGCCAGGCAAGAGAGACAAGUCAUAGAGAAAGGAAAGGAGGAAGAAGAGGUAAUGCCAUUCCUUAAACAAAAGUCAAGAAAGAGAAUAAAGGGAGUUGAUAUGCCACAGGAAGAGUUUCCCAGUCAAAAGGAUAAAGUGGAAAAUGAAGAGAGCUUUUCUGGAAAAAUGGAAAGCCUGUUUGAUGAAGUAGAGAGGGAUAGUUUGUCUGAGGAGGAGGGAGAAGAGGAGGAGAGGCAGGAGGAGGAGGUGAAAGAGAAAGAGGAGAAGAUGGAGGAUAUAAAAGAGGUGGAAGAGAAGGAAAAGGAGGAGGAGGUGCAGGAGGAGGAGAAAGUGUUUGAGAAGUAUGAAAGCCUGAGUGAGGAAGAGGUGAAAAAUUUAAGGGAGAAAGAGGAGGAAGAGGAAAGAAGCUCAUUGGAAGAAGAGGUAGAUAAGGAAAAAGAGAUCUCAAAAAGAGAAAAACUAUUUAAGUUACUAAAAAAAAGAGAAAAGGACCCAAGAGGGAGAGAACCAUUCCCUUUUAUUAGAAAAAGCACCCCUAAGGUCAAAGACAUUGAUAUAAGCCUGGAAGUUCAGAAAAGCCCUUCCAGUAAACUGAUCUCAGUAGCUCUGGGGAGGAAAGAGACUACACCAAUGCCAGUGUCCACAAAACCAAUAUCCUGGAAAGAUAAGGCCACAGUGCUUGAGACACCCAGGAUAUUCCCAGAGACAAGAUUUAUGGAUAAACAAGGAGAACUGUUGAAGAAAUAUAAGCCCAUUCCUCUACAAGUUUUGGAUACAGUUUUGGAGUCCCAAGAGCCAGACUUAAAGACCCCAUACUUAUCCCACAUAUUGAGGAAAACCACGGAAGCUCAGAAACUCCAAGGCAAACCACAAGGGCACAGGUGGCAGUGGCUUUUGAAGCAUCAUCCAUCUCGGAUGGGACAAGCUGUGCCCCAAAUCCUGGCUGAGGAAACACAUGUAGACGUAAGCCUCUCAGAUGUAGAGUGGAUCCACCAUGUUCUAGAACAGAUGGAGGCAGGAGAACAGCUUCCCAGGGACAGUUUCCACAGAUUGUGCCAGCUUCUCAAAGACCUCACCUCAAAGGGAAACGUAGAGUGGCUGCAUCUGGCUAAACUUGAAGCUAUCGUGUACCAUCACAGACAGGUGCUAGAAUCACAAAGGAUGCAUAUCUCAAAACCCAGUAAGGAGCCCAUGAGUCCAAAAUACCUGAAAGUGAUCCCUCCUAUAAAGAGAAAGGAAAAAGAAAGCUGCCUAAAACCUUUGGCUAUCCCCACGCCAAAGUCUUCAUUAGCUACCAAAAGGAUUCCAAACCCAAAGGCUGUAAAUUGGCAUCUUCUAGUAGAGCCUUACAGGAGUGCAUGGGCAGAGCAGAUAGCCAGUGCCCUCAAGGAGAUGAGACACUUUUAUCCUGCCACAGGAGACAUUUUCACAGGUGCCUGUACCACUGCGGAAAAACAAACCCUAGCACUGAUGUUUCAAAAAGACUUCUGGGCUUUUAACGAUAAGGGCAGGCCCCCAAAAUUGCCCAAGUUGGAAAAGAAGGCACAGCCUAGCUCUAUGACAAAGGAAGAGGUGCCUCGAUGGGAGACAUUUGUGGCACUGUACCAUGUUUUGCGGAUGUUGCGGGAGCAAUAUGCAGAAGACAGUGCUGCUUGGAUGGAACAGUUCUACCUGCUUAUGGACCUGUACCAACUUAAGUCCCCCAGAAUCCAGAGAAUGCUACAGGAUCUGCUACUGACAGAGGAACCCCAACCCCAUGGGAUCAUCUACAAAGAGCCCCUAAAGGCCAUGGAGCUAGCUCCCGGGGAGCGGUUGUUCUACCACCUGUUUUGUGGUAGCUCUCACAUCCCCAGAGGUCCUCUGAAGUUCCAGGAGGUGGUGCCCCUCCAAGGACAGAACAAUGUGAAUACCAUGCUUUCCAUGGGCAUCGCUCAUUAUGGGAUCUUAGAACUUGCCUGGAAGAGCCUGCCCCAAGCUGAUAGUUACCUCACCGAGGCAUUGCCCCAUAUUGUUGCUCCUACCCCCUAAUUGGGUACUGACUGGAGGUCAGAACUUUUCAUUCCCACCU